AAUCCUCUUCUGCAAUCUAAACUUCCCUUUCUCCCUAUCCUAAGCCUCUUCCUAAGCAGCAUGGUGUUGUUAAAACUAAAGUUCCCCUUCCAAAAGAGGGUGCGUCUGGCCCAGGGUCUCUGGCUGCUUUCAUGGGUGGCUAUGUUCUCUGGAGCCAUCACCUUUGUUAUGGGAGUCUUCCUCAAAACUGAGCUACAUCGCAGAUCAGAGGUGAUGCACAAUAUGGACAUCCACAUUGUGCCAAAUCUGCUGAUGGCAGUGGGGUUAGCAUCAGUGGGCAUCAACAUCUGUGCUAGCAAAGUCUGCCAGGACUCACUGGACCCCUCGCGUUUCCCACGCUGGAAGACGUUUCUUCCUCUGUUCUUCUUCUUCUCUGUCUUCUUCACCUCCUUGCUGCUGGUAGCCAUGAUUCUGAGCUUCGCCCUGCAGCCCAGCCUGGAGGAGUCUCUGAAGAUUGGGCUAAAGAACGGCAUCCGUUUCUAUAAGGACACAGACACACCAGGCCGUUGUUUCCAGAAGGAAACUAUUGACCGUUUACAGAUUGAGUUCCAGUGCUGUGGUAAUACUAACUACAGGGACUGGUUUGAGGUGCAGUGGAUCAGCAACCGCUACCUGGACUUCACAUGCAAAGAAGUGAAAGAUCGAGUGAAGAGUAACAUAGAUGGGCGUUAUCUGAUGGAUGGGGUCCCAUUCAGCUGCUGUAACCCCUCCUCCCCCCGGCCCUGCAUCCAGAAGAGUCUCCGGGACAAUUCUGCCCAUUACAACUACGAAUAUCAGACUGAAGAGCUCAACCUGUACAAUCGAGGUUGCCGCCAAGCCCUUGUCAACUACUACAUGGGUUUAAUGAACACCAUCGGCCCUUGUGUACUGCUUGUUUUCCUUCUCCAGAUGUCCAUUCUAGUGAGUCUGCGCUAUCUGCAGACUGCAAUGGAGGGUGUGCUGGGAGAGGAGAAUGUGGAGAUCGAGACAGAGGGAUACAUCCUGGAGAAGGGAGUGAAGGAGACAUUGUUGGAGACUAAAGAAAAGAUGAUGAAAUUCCUCCAGUUCGCUCAGGUGGGCGACGCAUCCGCUGCGACCCAGGGCACCGAGCCAGAGGCAGAAAAGCCAGCCACAGCCUAAAAG